GAGGCUAGUUACUUAAAGAACAUAAAAGAGUCAACCAAAGUACUGAAUCUAUAUCAUUCUGUCAAACUACUUCAGAACAAUGAAGCACAGCUUGAAAGUUAUAUAGAUUCCAGCACUUCGAUUCAUCCACCCAUGCUUCCAAGAAUAUCCAUUAUUGGUGCAGGGCCAUCCGGCCUAGUCCUGGCUUCUCUCUUCCACCGCAACAAAAUACCCUUCGCCAUCUAUGAUCUCCGAUCUCGUCCCUCUGCAGAUUUUGUCAAUGUUCCAUCCGGCUCUCUAGAUCUUCACGUCGAGUCAGGACAACGUGCACUUUCACAAUGUGGGCUUCUCCAAGCAUUCCGCCCACUCACCACAGAAUGCAGCGAAGAGCACAUCAUCUGUGAUCGUUUUGGAGACAUAAAAUUCGAGGCUCCCAACUAUAAUGAAGAGCGACCUGAAAUUUCAAGGAACAGUUUGAUCGAAUUGCUUCUAUCUUCACUGCCCGAGAAUAUCAUCCAAUGGGAACAUAAAAUUAGAUCCGUUUCUCCAAAUCCCUCAAACCCCCACCAACAAAUUAUCACCUUCCAAGAUAAGAGUUCUCAUUCUUGUGAUUUGGUAAUUGGAGCAGAUGGAGCAUGGUCAAAGGUUCGCCCGCUCUUGACGGACGUGAAACCAUUUUUUAGUGGCGUGCAUUGGAUGACGUUAACGAUUCCAAAUAUUACCAAGAGGUUUCCAGAAAUAGCUAAGAUGAUUGGAACUGGAACUUUCUGGGCCCUGGGUGGUAAGAGAUUUGUUAUGAGCCAAAGGGGCUCGAUGGAUUCAGCAAGAUUGUAUGUUGCGAUACAUAACAAAGAUAUCAACCAUUGCAAAGACGCAGGCUUAAAUUCUUUAGACAUUGAGCAGAUAAAAGAGAAAACUCUCGGCGAAUCUGGUAUCUUUGCCGAUUUUGGCAAAGGGGUCAAGGAGUUGCUAGAAAGAGGUUUGGAGGAGGAGAAAACCCCAGAGUUCUUGCAGAUGCAUAUGUUACCCAUCAAUCACACGUGGGAGCAUAAAGCAAACGCGACAUUAGUUGGAGAUGCGGCACAUCUCAUGACGCCUUUUGCAGGAGAAGGGGUUAAUUCGGCAAUGUUAGAUGCUUUAGAGUUGGCGCAAGGAAUUAUUUCGGCUGUGAACAAGGACACUUCGAUCUCGGAUGCUGUGAGGGAUUACGAGAUGAAAAUGUUUGUCAGGGCGAAAGAGAAUGCGGAAGAAACAUGGACGAACUUGGAGAAAAUCUUUGAAGACAAUGCACCGAAGGCGGUAGUAGAGUGGUUCAAUAGUUUUAGUACACCGCCCGAGCAAGUUUGAGGGUGGUGUCCGCUGAGUUCUAAUGGUAUUUGGCCCAAGAUAUUGAAAUCUGAAAUUUGUUGAUUUUGAUGUCGAAGCGCCAAGGUAAAAUGUGCAUGGAGAUAUACACUCGGCUCGCUUAGACAAUGAUCAUUCUCUGUGACUGAGAUGGUUCGGAUGAUUUGAAACAGAUCCUAGUAGUAAUAGCAGAAUCAAAUAGUCCACCAACGUGUAAGCCAAAAUUUACAGAUUUAUACAAAAACUGGGGUAUAAGAAAAUGGAAAUUUUGGAAAACAUGGAAAAAUGAAGAGUUGAACAGUAGUUGGGAGAACAAGGGGGAGCUGGGAAAAAUAGAGAAAACGAAGUAACUCGAUAGAAUGAAAGAAGAAAGGAGAUGAUUACGAGUUGAGAAGUGGAAUUAGAAGAUCAAUAGUUGGCACAAUAACAGAUUUCAACAAAGCAAAGCA